AUGUUGAUAAACAUAAAAAGCAUCUUAUGGAUGUUCUGUGCUUUAGUAGCAACUCAUGCACUACAUAAAGUCAAAGUGGAAAAAAACUCCGUUAAGGGCUCUCUCUCUGGAAAAGUCAACCUACCCUGCCAUUUUUCCACCAUGCCUACCUUACCACCAAGCUACAACGCAACCAGUGAAUUUCUUCGAAUAAAAUGGUCUAAGAUAGAAGUGGACAAAAGUGGAAAGGAUUUAAAGGAAACGACUGUUCUAGUGGCCCAAAAUGGGAACAUCAAGAUCGGCCAGGAUUACAAAGGAAGGGUGUCUGUUCCGACGCAUCCGGAAGACGUGGGUGAUGCCUCUCUCACCAUGGUCAAGCUCCGCGCAAGUGACGCUGGUCUCUACCGCUGCGAUGUCAUGUAUGGGAUUGAAGACACGCAAGACACAGUGUCACUGGCUGUGGAAGGAGUUGUGUUCCACUACAGGGCUGCAACCAGCAGGUAUACCUUGAAUUUUGAGGCAGCAAAGGCGGCCUGCUUGAACAUCGGUGCUGUCAUCGCAAACCCAGAGCAGCUCCUUGCCGCCUAUGAAGAUGGAUUUGAGCAGUGUGAUGCAGGCUGGCUCUCUGACCAGACCGUUAGAUACCCCAUCCGGACUCCCCGAGAAGGCUGCUAUGGAGAUAUGAUGGGAAAGGAAGGAGUCAGGACCUACGGAUUUCGAUCUCCUCUGGAAACCUAUGAUGUGUAUUGCUACGUGGAUCAUCUGGAUGGUGAUGUAUAUCACAUCACUGCCCCCAAUAAAUUCACCUUUGAGGAGGCCGAGGAAGAGUGUGAGAACCGGGACAGCCGCCUGGCGACAGUGGGGGAGCUGCACGCUGCCUGGAGGAACGGCCUGGACCAGUGCGAUUACGGUUGGCUGUCUGAUGCCAGCGUGCGCCACCCCGUGACUGUGGCCAGGGCCCAGUGUGGAGGGGGUUUGCUUGGGGUGAGAACCCUGUAUCGUUUUGAGAACCAGACAUGCUUCCCUCCCCCUGAUAGCAGAUUUGAUGCCUACUGCUAUAAACCUAAACCGAAUGUAUCAGAGGCUACAACCAUCGAAUUGAAUGUCUUCGCAGAAACUACCCCACUCAGUUUAUCCACGCAACCACAACUGUUAGCUGACAGAACUACACCAGUUAUUCCUCUAGCCACUGAAUUACCUGUCAUUACAACAAAGUUUCCUCCUGUGGGAAAUAUAGUAAAUUUUGAACAGAAAGCCUCCGUUCCAUCUGAGACCGUUACAGACAGGUUAGUCACAGAAUCUCCUACGCUGUCUGAGAGAACCAGGACACUAUGGGACGUGAAUCACUUGCCAUCAGCUUCAGGACAGCCAGACAGAUUUGAAGUCACACAAGAUCAAAACACAGUUGUCUUCUCCCGUCACACUACUGAUUCAUGGAACGGUGUCAUGAAAGAUACAUACACAGAAGAAAGUGUCACACAAACUGAACAAAUAGAGGUGGGUCCCUUGGGAACAUCCUUGGAGAUCUCAACACACACUCCUUCGAAGGAGUUACCUGUAACAGAAAUGCCAUUUCUCUCCACAAGCAUGAUUAUGGAAUCCAAGACUGAAAAGGAAACAGUGACCACAAACCUCUAUGAAUUCACCUUGGGAAGUGAAGAUGUUGAAGACAGAACGCUUACAGUUAGGCCUGGCCAGAGCACUUUGGUGUUUAACCAAGUAUCUGAAGUUAUUACAGUCUCAAAGACUUCCAAAGACACCACACAUACUCAGCUAAAGGAAUCAGAGUCAAUCUCAGCUUCCACAAUUCUUUCAUCUGUUACUGGGCCUGAUAAGGGUGAAUCAUUCAUGGAUAACAAGCAAGAGAAGGAAACUACUAGCAGGACAAUUGAGGAUUUGAGGGGCCAACAUAUAUCUACUACACCUUUCCCACCACAGACAGCAGUAGAAUUGUUUCCUUUUUCUGGUGACCAAAGAUUAACAGAGGAAACGUCAACAAUUAUUUAUUCAUCUCCACAGACAGAAAUAACCCAAGGAAGAGAAAGAACAGAAACACCAAGGCCAGAAGUGAAAACAGAUGCUUAUACUGAUGACAAAAUGCAAGUAAAAAUCACUGCCGGUCCAUUUAAAGAAAAAACAGAAGAUGACUCUUCUGGAAUGGUCUUUACAUCAUCUUCUGAGCAAAUUCAUCCUACGGGGUCUUUUGUGAAAACGACCACAUUUUAUGAGUCUCCAGCUUGGACAGCAACAAAGCCACAUGUGCAGCCAACAGAAGAAAGAGAUUUGGAAGAAGAAUUUACAACAGCUCCAGUUGGAUUAGAAAUUGAUAGAGACCAAGAAACUACCAAGUAUGAGGAGGAUAUUAUGACAGAGCAUAUGACUCACAGCACUUUAAAUGGGGAGGUGGUCACUGUAUCUAAAUGGCCAUGGGAUGAAAAGAAUAUAACCUCAAGGCCUUCAGAGUUUACAGAACAUGAAUUUUCUUCAAAACUGCCCCCGGGUUUUCUUCCCACUAUAGGAGGAAAUGGAAAGGAGGAAGAAAUCCCAAGAAUCACUGAACAUGGAAAUGAAUUUACCUUCAUUCCAGAUAGCACUCAAAAGCCGUUAGAAAUAAUUACUGAGGAGUAUGUAACACGCCACAAAGAGUCCACAGUUAGACUUCGGGCAACUCCAUCCAUUAGUACAGCAGAAAUGUCAACUUUGAGAGAUUCUAGAACGAAAGAAAGAAUGCCAUCAAUUACAAGAACUGAAGAUCAAGUUAUUUAUUCAACCACAGAAGGAAGUGCUUUGGAUGAAAAGGCAGACAUGGACAUCUCUAAGCCAGAGUCUACUGUUCCCCAAUUCACACACUCUUCAGAUGGGGAAGGAUUGACAUUUGUUAAUUAUAGUAGCACCCAGCGGCCUUCUGCGGACGUAGACACUUCCCAUACCAUUCCUCUUUCUGUAAUGCCAGAGAAAGAAUGGGGAGUUUUAGAACCUUUUGGGCCAUCAGAAGGUGAAGUUCUUGGUGAGCCCUCUCAAGACAUACGUGUUGUUAAUGAGAGUUACCCAGAAGCAACCAUUUCUCCUGACACCAAAAGAACAACCACAGAAAUGACUCCGGAAACAACCCAAGAAGGAGUACCUUGGAAAGAACAGACUGCAGAACAGCCAAUUCCAGCCCCCGGUUCUACAGCUGAAACACCUGUGGAUGAAGAAGAGAGCGAUGAAUCAGCCUAUCCAAUCCCAGAAGACACAUUAGUAACAGUUUCUGAAACGACACCAGUUGGAGGAAUUGAGCACACUGUGUUUUAUCCACCUGAUGCAAUAACAGAUCAUGAGGCAAAACUGGAUGAAAUGGUAACACUCGCACCAAGUCCAAAGCCUGAACAGAAACAUGAAACAGAAAGCCUUAGUCCAAAGGAAUCGGAGUCACCUUUGAGUUCUUUUACCACGCAUGUUACCCGACUGACAGAAGAAACCACGACUGAGGAAAGAGAAAAGACAUCUCUAGAUUAUAUUGACUUAGGCUCAGGAUUGUUUGAAAAGCCCAAAGCUACAGAACACCCGGAAUUUUCGACAAUUAAAGCUACAGUUCCAAGUGAAAUUACUGCUAUCUUUAGUUCUGUAGGCACAUCUCACACAGCUUCUACAUCUGCGACUUCGUCAGCAGCCACUGAGAAACCACCUCUCAUUGACAGAGAACCUGGUGAGGAAACUACCAGGGACAUGGUGAUCAUUGGAGAAUCAACAUCUCGUGUGCUUCCGACAACCCCUGAUGAUUUUACAGCUAAGGAAACAGAAACUGAAAUUGAUAGAGAAUAUUUCACAACUUCAAGUACUACAGCACAGACGUCAAGACCACCCACUGGGGAAGGCAAAGAGGCCAUCAGACCUCAGCCCAUUUCUACUCCAGAACCCACAACGGUGCCAAAACUCCACCCUGAAAUAAAUGUUUAUAUUAUUGAGGUCAGAGAGAACAAGACAGGUCGAAUGAGUGAUUUGAGUGUAAGUGGUCAUCCAAUAGAUUCAGAAUCUAAAGAAGAAGAACCUUGUAGUGAAGAAACAGAUGCAGAGCACAGUCUCAUUGCUGAAAUUUUCCCUCACAUUUUUGACUUAUAUCCUAGCGAAGAGGAUGAAGAGGAGGAGGAAGACUGUGCAAACGCUACUGAAGAAACAACCACCCCAUCAGUGCAGUACAUAAAUGGGAAGCACCUCGUCACUCCCUUGCCCAACGACCCCGAAGCUGCAGAAGCCAGGCGUGGCCAGUUUGAGAGUGUUGCACCUUCUCAAAAUUUUUCAGACAGCAGUGAAAGUGAUAAUCAUCAGUUUGUGAUAGCUGAAAGCGAAUUGUCCACUGCAAUGCAGUCAAACGAAUCCAAUGAAUUGGAAUCGCUUGAGAUGACUUGGAAACCUGAGUCUUACCCUGAAAUGCCUGAACACUUUUCUAGUGGUGAGCAUGAUGUGUUUCCCACAGUCCAAUUCCAUGAUGGGAAAGCCACAGAGGAUACAGUCUCAAUCACUCAGAGGGGUCCUGAACUUGAUAGUCAGACGUAUGAAAAACUGGAAUCAGUAUCUUUGUCUCCUGAAGAAUCUUCAGGAAGUGCUGCGAUUGCCCUAGAAUCACAGGAAGAAGUCUUUUCAAAGGCUCCAGAAGUUACAUUUGGUGAGGAGGCAGAAAAAAGUACUUCUGACACAUUUACUCCAAUCAUGGUUCUAGGUUCUGCAGCAACAAAUGUUUUAGAAGAAGAAUCAGUUCCCCAAACAGGAAAUGUGCAACCUGAUGAUCCACUCUCUGCCACCGAAGGCUGGAUACAAGUAACUGCUAACCACUCUGGAGAGCUCUUGGGGACUCCUUCUUCAAUUCCAGUGCCGGAGGGCUCUGGCGAAGAUGAAGAGGACAAAAUUAAAAUGUUCACCAUGGUAGCUACUUUAUCACAGAGCAAUGCCACAAAUACACAUGAUAAUUUAGAUACUGGCAAGACCAUGAUCACAGAAAGUGUUUUGGAUGUUCCUGUCACCAUCUCUUACUCUGUUUCUGAACAACCUUCUGUAGAAAUAGUACCGACCAAAUUCAAGAGCACAAUAGACACAUCUGCAUGGGUUUUCAGUACUUCUGUUGAAGGAAAGAAACAAACAGAGGAUGGAGAGGAAGCUACGAGUACAGCUGCCCCAACUGAGAAACCUUUGCCCACACAAAGAUCUGAUCAACUGAUUUUACUCCCUGAAUUAGAAAGUUCAAAUGAAAUGACAUUUAGUGAUGUAGCCUCCAUUAGGAAAAGUGUAAUGUCCUUGACAACACCUACCCAGUUGGAAAGGCAAAUGACAAGUGCUAUACCAGUCUCUACAGAAACAAGUGUUGGAGGGAGUCUGGGGGUCCAGGUCCCUGAGCACAGCACUGGUAGCCAGCCUGAGAUUCUGGAAGGGCUGACCACUGUCCUAGGCUCUCUCUUUAUGGAGCAAGGCUCUGGAGACGCUGCUGCUCAUCCAGAAACCACCACUUUCCCUCCAUUUCUCAUAAAUUCAGAGUCUGAUAUUCAAACCCCAAAGGAAGAAGAUAGUACAUUGCCUUCCCAUGUAGCAACUACCCCAUCUUUUGAGCCUACAGGAUUCCUGUUGAGCACCGUGGAUAGACAAGAGGCUAAAACUAUAAGCCACACAUCCAAGGGAAGCUUGGUCUCAGAGAUAACUAGAGCCCCAAGUCAUGGAGCUGAAGUUAAGGGCUUUGCUACACAUGUUCCUUUUGAGGAAGAUGCCAGUGGUGAGUUUAGAGAAUACUCAACAGUUUCUCAUUCUGUAACAGAAGAUGUGAUAACAAUGGAAGGCUCUGGAGAUGAAGACUUUAUGAAUAUUCAGACCUCACCUUCUGCAAUGCCUGUUUCAGAUCACAUCAGUCAAGGGCCUGACUUGGAAGGAUCCAGUCACACCAUGGCCAGCCCUUCAGCCUUCCCUUGGGAAGAGUUCACAGCCUCAGGGGAGGGCUCAGGCGAGCUCUACUCAGUCAGCAGCUCUAUGGGGAAAGUUUCUAGUACAGAGUCUCCACUUAUUGACCAAGGUUUGGGACAAAUGGGAGCUAUUACUGCAGCUGAUCAUGGACUCACUGUUACACCAACAGCAGUAGCUAAAGGUGUGGAAGGUGCAACAGAUAGUGCAGCUGGUGGCACAAUUUCAGUGGACCCUCUCCAAACUUUGGAACCAGCCGAAUUGUGGUCUAGGGAAGAAGUCAUCCCUGUAACAAAAGAAAUUGAACAUAAAACAGCAUCAGAUAUAAAGACUGGAGAACAAAAGCCUCUUAACUCUCCCCAAAGCUCUGUUGCACCAGAACAAACAAUUCUUGAUUCACAAACCUCUACUGAGACCAAGCUCCUAAUCACAGAUUAUUCUAUACUUACAACAAAGCAAACUUACAGUUAUGGCAAGGAAAUCGAGGAGGAAGGUUUGCCCUCAGUACUCAUGUCUACCCCAGAUCCAGAUAAAAAGCUUGUGGAAUCAUACGCUGCUUCCACUGAAGGUAUUGAAAAAUCACAUUUUCUCUUAACUACUGGUUCUGUGACUGACUCCUCACCAUCUCAAAAUGUGGCGACAGAUUCAUCAGUGAAAGCAGAGGCAAGUAUAAAACCUUCUCCUACAGACAGGAGACCAUUCAUCAGACAGCCAGAUACUGAGCUCUUAUUCUCUGGACUAGGAUCAGGAGAAGAAGUUCUGCCCACCCAAGCCAGAGGAUCAGUACAUUUUACCAAAGUGGAACAAAUCAUUAGCACAUUACAUCCCCAGACCUCGCAAGUGGAAAGUUUAGAAACCAGGAUCCCCAGUGAUGAAAUGGAAGACUCUGAGGGAAUGGAAAAUGUAACAACUGAUGAAGAUAGACAACUCGGUUUUAAAACUACCAGCUUCCCCGAAAAUAGCCAGACAAUAUCCAGCUCCACGUUAAUGGGCAUUUGGGGUGACAGCAGAGGAGAAGGACUCACUGUGACACCUCUCACUUUCCCCAAAGACAUUGAACAAACGCAAAGGCAGAUGCUCAGUUGGGCAGAAGAAAGCCAAACUAAUAGAGUACAAACGAUGACUGCCCAGGUCUCUGACGUGAAUUCUUCAACAGCAGAAACUAAAGAAACAGCCACGUCUUCUGUUGCCCUGGCACAGACUCAUGGUUUGAAAAUGGCCAAAGGAUUUGUUACAUCAACACCGAGGCCAUCUGAAUUGUUUUAUGAUCACUCUGGAGAAGGAUCUGGGGAAUUAGGUAUUGCUGAUUUACCCCACACUUCUGGAACUACUCAGGCAACCAGGCAAGGAAGCAGUGCAUUUGUUUCCAAUAGACCCCUGGACACACAUACCGAGGUUCCCAGUGCUGAAGCUGUUACUGCUGAUGGAUUUCCAACCGUUUCGGUUGUGCUUUCUCUUCAUACUAAGCAGAACGAACGCUCCCCUGAUCCAGAGAGCACAGCAGCCAGUACCAUGUUGGCUGAGAGGUCCACAGAGGGUGCUGCAGGUCGCUUCCCAGACAGUCUCAGAGACUUCAAGGAUGCCACUUUAAAGCCUGCCAGGAGGAAAGCCACUGAAAAUAUGAUUCUAGAUUUGGACAAAGAGGACAAGGAUUUAAUAUUGACAAUUACAGAGAGUACCAUCCUUGAAAUUCCACACGAGCUGACGUCAGACAAAAAUACAAUCAUAGAUAUUGAUCACACGAAAUCUGUGUAUGAAGACAUCCUGGGGAUGCAGACCGACCCCGAUCCAGAGGUGCCAGCAGGGUCACACGGUGGUGAUGAAGAGAGCACUCAGCUUCAGGAGGAGUAUGGGGUGGCUGCUAAUUACUCUUUAGUUGAUGAAAAGCUGGAGGGUUCUGGGGACAUUCUGCUGGCCAGCUACACUCAGGCCACACAGAACGAGUCAAUGCCUCUGGAAGACAGAAGUCAGUCAUCCCACACAGGUUUUCUCUUCACCACUGGGAUCCCCAUCUCUAGCACAGACACUGAGUUAGACGUUUUCCUCCCCUCAGUACCAGCCCUGCCCAUUCCAAUUGAAUCUGCCACAGUGAAGCCACAGAUUGAAGAGCCCCAGGUGGAAACGAAAACCCUGGAGGAUGUCUUUGAAUCAAGCACUUUGUCAGAUGGUCAAGCUAUCGCAGACCAAAGUGAAGUCAUAUCCACUCUAGGCCAUCUGGAAGGGGCACAGGAGGAGUAUGAAGAGAAGAAGUAUGUAGACCCUUCAUUUCAGUCAGAAUUCUCUUCAGGGUCUGAAGAGGCAUUGACGGAUCAUCCACCCUAUGUACAUGUCAGCACUCCCCGCCUUAUGGCUGAGAGAUUAGCAGAGACACCUAAUAUGAUGGAAGGAUCAGCCUCUCCAGCAUAUAGUGAUGCAACGUUAGCAUCUUCAGCAUUUGCCGAGUUGUCCCCUCAGACACCAUCAGCUCCAGGCACUUUCCACCUCCACAGUGGGGCCUUUGAACACACAGAUGUCCCAGAGCCAAGUAGUACUCAGCCACAUACAGGUGCGGGAGCCACCCAGGUGUUCAAAGAGGAUGUCACGGAAACUCAUGCUGACACUGAAGCGACUUUCAAACCAUCCCAAGAGACACACUUUGCCAUAACUGAACCUCCAUCUUCAUCUCCUAACACGGAACUAGAACUUUCCGAAGAGGAAAAUAAACCUAACUUACUAAAAGAAGUGAGAGCUUCUCCCACAGAACUAAUAGCUGAAAGAAUUGAGUUUCACCAAGACUCUAAAAACCAAGCCAGUGUCUCAGUUCCUGGAGAAACAGUCAGAGAGUUUCCCAGUGUUACAAUGCCUCUAACUAUCUCUGCCACCACCACUGCAAGGGACAGUCAGUUAGAAGGUGUUUCACAGUGGCCACAAUCCACUUCUGCUCCCGCGACUCCUGGAGUUGAGACAGGUGUGGUGCCUCAGCCCAGCCCGCAAACUUCGGAGGAGCCCACUUUUCCUCCUUCUCUGGAAAUAAACCCUAAAACCCAAGCUGCGCUGAUCGCAGGGCAGCAUUCAACAGUAACAGCAUCAGAUCAGCAAGUAUCGGCACGGAAUCUUGAGGCUCACAAUCAGGCAACAGUAAGCACUGUGGAGUUAAAUGCCAAGCUAGCAACACCAGCAUUUUCCCUUUUGGAAACUUCUAAUGAGAGCGAUUUCCUGAUUGGCAUUGAUGCAGAGUCAGUGGAAGGCACAGCGGUCUAUUUACCAGGACCCGAUCGUUGCAAAACGAACCCGUGCCUUAAUGGAGGCACCUGUUAUCCCACUGAUACAUCCUAUGUUUGCACCUGUGUGCCAGGAUACAGCGGAGACCAGUGUGAACUUGAUUUUGAUGAGUGUCACUCAAAUCCCUGUCGGAAUGGAGCAACAUGCGUUGAUGGGUUUAAUACAUUCACGUGCCUCUGCCUUCCAAGCUACGUUGGUGCCCUUUGUGAACAAGACACCGAGACAUGUGACUACGGCUGGCACAAGUUCCAAGGGCAGUGCUACAAGUACUUCGCGCAUCGACGCACGUGGGACGCCGCUGAACGGGAAUGCCGGCUACAGGGCGCCCAUCUGACAAGCAUCCUGUCUCACGAAGAACAAAUGUUUGUGAAUCGUGUGGGCCAUGAUUACCAGUGGAUAGGCCUCAAUGACAAGAUGUUCGAGCAUGACUUUCGUUGGACUGAUGGCAGCACUCUGCAAUAUGAGAACUGGAGGCCCAACCAACCAGACAGCUUCUUUUCCUCUGGUGAAGAUUGUGUUGUCAUUAUCUGGCAUGAGAACGGCCAGUGGAAUGAUGUUCCCUGCAAUUACCAUCUCACCUAUACCUGCAAGAAAGGAACAGUUGCUUGCGGCCAGCCCCCUGUUGUAGAAAAUGCCAAGACCUUUGGAAAGAUGAAACCUCGUUACGAAAUCAACUCCCUGGUUAGAUAUCAAUGCAAAGAUGGUUUCAUUCAGCGCCACCUUCCAACCAUUCGAUGCCUAGGAAAUGGAAGAUGGGCUAUGCCUAAAAUUACCUGCAUGAACCCAUCUGCAUACCAAAGGACUUAUUCUAAGAAAUACUUUAAAAAUUCUUCAUCAGCAAAGGACAAUUCUAUAAACUCCUCAAAACAUGAGCACCGUUGGAGCCGGAGGUGGCAGGAAUCAAGGCGCUGAUCCCUAAAGUGGCGAACAUGUGUUUUCAUCAUUUCAGCCAAAGUCCUAACUUCCUGUGCCUUUCCUAUCACCUUGAGAAGUAUUACAAGUUGUUUGGAGUUCUUGGAUCACUGUCCAGUCGUUUGGGGUUGCCAUGCCCCCCCAAACAUUUCAAAUGAAAGAUUGGCAUGCAACCAGAGAACCAGCAAAAUGAAAGAAAGGGAGGGCAGAAAAUAACCAUUUCCAGCCUAUCUAAUUUCUUGAGUUUUCUAUCUGCUUCCGGUGCAAACCAUUUUAUAAUGUAUACCAGCCUACUGUACUAUUUAAAAAAAAAAGCGCUCAAUUUCAGCACCAAUGGCAAUGUAAAUAAGAUGAUUUAAUGUUGAUUUUAAUCCUGUAUAUAAAAUAAAAAGUCACACUGAGGUCAGGCAUAUUUAAUUAUGAUUAUGGGGCCCCUGAGGUCUUUAAUCAUUGGUUCGGCUGCUUUUAUGUAGUUUGUUUAGGCUGGAAAUCGUUUCACUUGCCCUUUUUACUUCAGCAAGACUGAGGACGCCUUUCCCUGGACAACUAACAAAUAUGCAGUCUUGUGGGCUACUGCACCCAGCUCAGCCAAAGGUGCAGGGAGCUUCCGUGCAGUGUGACUCAUGGCUCCUGACGCAACUAGGCGCUGCAAGAUGGAAUUAUUCUUUGCUGCAUUCCUUUUUCUUCACUUACAAGAAAGGCUUGAAUGGAGGACUUUUCUACAGCCA